AUGGCUAAAUCUAGCGGGGUUUGGAUUUUGCCGUUUAUCACCGCCUGGUGGUGGCUGUCCACGGCGGCGAUGGCGAGGGGUUCGAAUUCGACGACGAUUUACGACGAGCUUCGGGCGCAGGGUCUUCCAGUGGGGCUUCUUCCGAAGGGAGUUGCGAAGUACUCGUUGAACGGAACAAGUGGGGAAUUCGAGGUGUGGAUGGAGGAACCGUGCAACGCGAAGUUCGAGAACGAGGUGCACUACGAUUCCAACAUAAAGGGUAUCCUCGGAUUCGGUCGGAUCGGGAAAUUGUCCGGUGUGUCGGCGCAGGAGCUCUUUCUGUGGUUCCCUGUCAAGGGCAUUCGUGUGGAUGUUCCGACCUCUGGUCUCAUACACUUUGAUGUUGGUGUUGCGGAUAAGCAGUUCUCUCUCUCGCUUUUUGAAGACCCUCCUGAUUGUAAACCUCAGGUUGGUUUAUCAUCCUUCAAUCUUCUAACCCCUUUGGUUUCUUUACAGUCUGGGAAAUUUAUGAUUGUUUCUGAUGGGUUUGUGAAAUAUAUUUUGGUAUUUAUGAACAAUUUGGUGUUCAAUUCAUUCAGGCUAAGGUUGGUGGUGAAGGUGUGCAAAGGGCUGCCUGGUAGAAAAUAG